GUAUGUAUGUGGAUUAGUGGAGGAUAAAUAAAUUCUGUAAAGAAAAAAGAAAGAAAAGAAAGAAAGAAGAUGAAGAUUGAAGAAAAAGGGAAUAUAAUUGCUUAUAUUUGCUUCUUCAAUAUCAUCUACACACUUUCAAUUCCAAUCCCUUCCAUUUAAUGAACCUUUCUACACAUUCCCUUUUCUCUUUCUCAUCUUUUACAAGUUUCAAUUUUGAUGACUACCCAAUUGGAAGAACAUGAUUAUAUAGGUUUAUCAGUUACACCUCCAAUGGGAAGUUCAGGUAAAGUUGCCGUUGUUUCGUCUGAAAAGGGUUUGAAUUUGAAAGCUACUGAACUGAGGCUUGGAUUACCGGGUACUGAGUCACCGGAGAGAGAUAUUGAUCUUCUUAAGGGUUUUGUUUCGGGUGCUAAAAGGGGACACUCUGAUUCUAUUAAUAGUCGUUCUGGUAAGUGGGUUUUCUCUGGUGGUGGUGAUGGAUCUGAACUUGAUUUGGGUAAACAUGCCGGAAUUUUCUCUCCAAGAGGUGUCAAUGGGAAGGAUGUUGUUGGUUGUGAGAUUGAAGUGAUUCCUCUGUCACCUAAACCGGUGCCUGAGAAGAUACCUACGAUUUCUGCUGUAAAUGGUCAUGGAAGUACCCCUUCUGCUAGCAAGGCUCAGGUAGUGGGAUGGCCUCCAAUUCGAUCUAAUCGUAAAAAUACAAUGGCGACUAGUGUCUAUGUGAAAGUCGGUAUGGAUGGUGCCCCAUACUUAAGGAAAGUUGAUCUAAAGAUUUACUCCAACUAUACAGAAUUGUCUUUAGCAUUGGAAAAGAUGUUUAGCUGUUUUAAAAUAGGGGAAUGUGAUUCUGAUGGAGUUUCAAGUUGUGAAGGAUUAACCACUGGUAGUCUUAAGGAUUCUGAAUAUAUGCUUACUUAUGAAGAUAAGGAUGGCGAUUGGAUGCUCGUUGGAGAUGUCCCAUGGGCAAUGUUCAUGAACACCUGCACAAGGAUGAGAAUCAUGAAAAGGUCGGAUGCAAAUGGUUUAGGUGCAAGUGACGCGGAGAAAUGCAAGAGUCGUGGUUAAGAGCCAAUUGAUGGGGGAGAAUACAAGAUUUGCGAUUAAGAUUCUAUUAUUGUGUUUACAAAACUAAAAUUGUUUUUAAUUAAGCUUGCAUGAUGCAUGUAACUGAAGAAAAUAGCUAUUGAUCAUAAGAGUAAUCCAUUUCAGCUCUGUUUUGACAUCAA